UACACUGAACCCCCCUGUCCUCGCACCACCCCUGCAUCUUCCCCGUUGGUCCAGGCUGGAUCGUUGCGCUGCAGCAUCAGCGGAUGAUCUCGAGUCAAGGCCGGGCCGAUGCGCCCUCCACCAGCCGCAUGUUCGCGCACACCGGUAUCACAAAGCCUUCAAGGAACGCACCGGGGGAAUGCACGGGACAUCAACAUCAUUUUUGGCAUAGCCACCGAUCAAAAACGGAUAACCUUACCAAAGCUUUCUGACUGGAAUCACUGCACGCUAGCAGCAACAUCACUUGGCAACACAGGGAGACGUGCUCCGUGCUCUUCAGCUGACCACCACGUACAUUUCUGUGUUUGCUGGAUGACACAUCCCAAAGCUUACGGAUGUUGAUAUUUGAUUUGAAGUAGGGGAAUACAUGAACGCAUUUGCCGCUUUAUGGGAAAACUGGUUAUAAUGGUCAACCCCGUGGAGCUCAUGCUUUGCAGUCAGCACAAUCAAGGUGACGGCAGCUAGCCCGUUAGCUCACGAGCUACUUGUGUAAUGUAAGAGGAAUAGACGCAUUGAAUGAUAUUUUGAAAUAUCUUCAGUCGAAAAACGAAAACAGAAAGAACACGUGGAGUGUCUGAAUUUUUUUUUUUUUCGUUUGCACGGUGCCCUUCCUCAGUAGGCAGCAGCGCUCGUCCAUUACAGAUUAUGUAUCUGGUAUAAACCUGACAUAUCUAUGAGAAUUAGGUAAUAGUUUUUAUCAAACUCGCAUGUAUUUUCAUUGUUCAUCUAAAUAUACUUGUGUUAACUCAACAAAACACGUGUAGGAUGGCAUAUCGAUGCUGGCAUUGCACUGUAGGCUACAUUUUAAUAGAGACUUUUGUGCUUGUAUCUGCCAAGCCUUAUUGUUGUAUCAUCACCGAUAUUUAUUUUAAACACUAGCUUUAACACAGGUGAAUCGGUCAGGUUGAAAACUUCUCGUAUCCGAUAUCUGCACACACAGAGCGCUGGUAGCUUAAGAGCAGUGUGUAUGCAAACGCUUUGGACGGACUGAUGAUUCACUCUCUACGGGAAUAUGAGGAAGUUACCCUGAAUCGAGGCACCGGGGCUACCGCGAGCAAAUCCCACAAGUUCAUUCAAAACCUGACGAUUCCCGAUGGUGAAAUUACCCAGCGGGUGUUUGAUGAGCAGCAAACGAAAGCCGACGACCGUCGGGUCGCCCCUGAAGUCGAGCUGACAGAAGCUGGUGGGGUUUGUUUGAAAGGCUGAAGCAGGGUGUGACCGCACUUCGUUUAAAUGUUACAUGCAACUCUGUAUAUAUUAGCGAAGCUCACUAUGAACGCAGGCUGCAGUUUUUUCGUCAACCCAUGUGGAUGACACCGCAAACAGCGGGAUACGUACAGCGUCGCCGAGCCUAAAUUUGAUUUUUAAUUCAACGAGAAUAGGUUAGUUGGUCAUGUAGCCGGCUGCACAUGGCCGACUGAUGUCUAGGGUGUCGAAUCUUUUUUUAGUCGGUGUUGUACGUGCACGUGUAGAUGUAUAGUGUAGUUAUUUUGGCGUCGUCGUCGUGACUGUUUCAGGUUGCUAUGGCAUUUUUAAACGGACCCCGACUGCUGGACUGGGCGAACUCUCCUCCACAUUUACAAUUCAACAAAUACGUCCUGACUGGCUAUAGACCCAUCUCCUCUGUCCAGGAGUGUGUUAGAAGUCUCUUCUAUCUUCACAAUGAGCUGGGCAACAUCUACACACAUGGAAUCCCACUGCUCUGCUUCCUGGUGCUGCUCCCACUCAACAUUCCCUGGUCUCAGAUCAGUGUGACGUGGCUCGGCGUGGUGCACUUCCUGGCCUGUUUGUCCCCACAGCUGGGAUCAGUGGUCUACCAUCUCUUCAUGAACCAUGAGGGCGGCGAGCCCGUCUACAAAACUCUGCUCACGCUCGAUAUGUGUGGAAUCUGCAUGAUCAACACACUAGGAGCUCUGCCUAUCGUGUACAUCACUCUACUUUGCUAUCCCUUCACCCGCACAGCUGCUCUCCUGGUCUACAUCUUGCUAUCCAGUUACGCCAUCUACUGUGCCAUCACAGCACGCAGCAGAGUGCGACGGCUGCGCUCCUUCGCCUGGCAAGCACUUUUCCGCUUCUCGUUUUUCCUACUGCGAUGGGCGGGUGUCGGCGGAGGGAGUCCCACCUCGUUGCGUCACUUUGUAACCAUGGAUGCACUGGCGGUGUUGGGCGGGAUCAUCAAUAUCACUCGAAUUCCCGAGCGUUUCCGCCCGGGCCUCUUUGACUACUGGUGCAACAGUCAUCAGAUCAUGCAUGUGCUGGUGGUGGUCUCCAUAAUGUACCUACACUGGGGGGUGCUGGACGAUCUACUGUGGAUCAACAGCCAUGACUGUCCCUCAUACUAAAGGUGACCCUGCUGGUCUGGAUUUGUGGGUAACGGGGCGUGAGGACCUCUUUUAGUAAUGUUUGGAAUGCGACGUAUUGGGCUCAGAAUAGUCGGGUGGGGGGUGUCUGUUGUGCUUUGUAUAUAAAUGUGUGCACGAAAGUCCAUAAGAAGUUUUUUACAUGUUUUUAAGGGGACACCAGUGCCAGCCUCGACACACGUGCUUGUUUGUGCCAUUAGUAGCCAGAAUGUACAUAUCUGUGUUCGCAUAAACAUCGUCUGUGCAUGGCACUGUUGAGAUCCGCUAGGUCAAGCAGAGGCUGAUUUUUCUAUUUAUUUAUUGACUUUUAGACAUACAUACACUCACAUUUACAUGUACACAUGCAUACACGCACACACAUAAGAGUAUGACAUUAUUUGAUGUCAUAUAUUCACCAGCGUUGAAAGCUUUUAUUAUAUAGCCUCUAAGCUUUAAUCGAGCCCAUAAAUGAUUGGCUCUCGAAAAGCAAGAUUUAAACCAUCAGAUUCAAGAUGACGUUUUUAAUUUUGCUGGUGACACGAACGAGAGAUCACUGGUGCAGAAAUGGUGUAUGCACUGAAUUAGACCAACAGUUUGCUACUCUAUUGCAGACUAUGCAGCAUAACAAUUGUUACAUCCAUGCUCAUAUACUACUAAUGCUACACAUACACACACACGCACAUAAAAUGUACUGUAUGACCAGUCUCACGGCAACAUUUACUGGAAAUACUUGAGUUAAUUUAUUUCUCGUCUGCAGGUUUGGGUCCAUAUUUAUUGCAUGAAAGGCAAAGGGGUCAUUCCUUGGUUUGUAGCCGUGCCAUAAGUGUUUUCUGGCAUUACUCUGUGUAUGUUUACCAUCUAUAAAGGGGCAUUUAUUUAUUGUGUUUUACAGAUGCAUAACUUUACAAGUUCCAUGCAAAAAACCUGCAAAAGAUGUUUUACUACAGAACUGAGAGUCUGUUUAAUUUUGUACACUCGUAGUUUUAAUAUUCUAAUCUUCAAUUUGGAAGAUUCGAUUUUUGUACCGCUCUAAAUUAGAUCUCAUUUCUCUUUUAACCUUCAACCUCAAUUAUCUACGUAACUUCGGAUUCAACACAAGGCAAAUCAUUUUUUAAUGCCGUUUUGUUUGCACAAAAGCUCUGCCGGUCAUCUUCCACCCCUGCAGACCUGAUGUUGUUUUUCAAUAGGAAUAUUACACUAUGAAUUUCCCAAUGAAGACAAAUGUCAUGUCAUCAUAAUGCUGAUACUGCUCACUAAAGUCAAACUGAUGUCGUAAAUAUUUAUUAAAGCAACUCCACAAAUGGUUUCAUUUUAGCUUAUGUUAAUAAUUAGUUAGUAAAUAUUAUUAAACUGAAUGCAGAAUGGCCCAUGUCUUAAGUUUAGUUGCAUAAUUGACUAAGCUGUUUACAGCACUAAACCUGAACAAAAGUCAAAGGCCCUGUCCCAAAUGGCCUUCAUGUGGUCUCGUGGCCUUAAAAUGAACAUGCUCGCUUAGUCUACGAGUCCGUAGGGUGUCCCAUCUGUCAUUUUAAGCUCUGAAGUGUGCUCAUCAGCACCCCAUUUGCACCCUUUAUGUGCAGCAGGGUUCACGCACUUUACCAACCAUGAAGUCCUUGCGAAAGACCAAUCAUACGUUGGAAGGGAGGAGUUCACACUGAUGGGCAACUUCUCUUCCUAUUUCUGGCGUAACGCUCCAGUCCCAAAAUACGACUUCGGUGUGCCCUCGUGGACUCAAGGGUCCCUAAGGUCUGUGUGGACACCACAUGUCCUGAGUGUGCCAUUUGGGACAGGGCCUUCUUCUUAUUCAAACCUACUGAGAAUGUUAUGUAGUGAGAGUAAAUCAGUUCUUAUCAGCAGAUUGCACUAUGAAGAUGUUGAUUCAAAUGGACUGUAUUAUGAAACUGCACUUUUUGCACAAAUGGGUUUGUUACCAUAAAAUGCGUUCGCAGGACAAACCAAGGAUGACUCCUUUGAUCUUUCUUAAUGAAGUAACAAACAAAGUGUGAUAGAGUCACUGAUGCUAUCACAGUGUAGCUUUUAGACUAAACACCAAUGAGGCCCACUAUUCAUUUCCUUAUUUUAUCAUGUUUGGCAUUACAUAGUUAUUUUAUAUUUAUUAUUUAUGUUUAUCUGUUUGAAAAUGUUACUAGAUAUUAUAUUUAAAUUAUUUUCGUUUUUUAUUUGUUUUUUUAUUACUCAACCACAGCACUCUGAUAGUCAACCUUUAGCAAAGGUAUUUGUGUAGAAUCAGUGCAUGUUAGUGUUGCUCAGAACAAACACCAACUUAUGUAUACUCUAUGCCAAAUUAACUGUUUUGGGACCUCAGGUGUCACACAUAAUGGUCCUCUUAUGUCAGUGGCUUUAAAUACAGACUGCUGUCACAUAUGUUUUUGGUAUUGACUUUUAAUACAGUCCCUCAGAACAAGGCACAGUAACCCCAAACCCUUUUAUGUUAUCGGAUUAAAUAACAAACAUUAGACUUUAAAUGAAGUGGUGCAUGAUAAAACAAAGAUAAAUUGAUCCCCUUAAAUGCAACAUAUACGAUUUGCAUAUUUAGAUGCUUGCGCAAUGCAACCACUGACAUAUGUGCUUAAUGUGGUGAACUGACAUUAAAUAUAUUUGUCUAAUAAUGAAUGGGAAUGAAGUAAGACAGCAGCCUAGAGGCAAUACAACCAUAUCAAAUAAUUAACUGCACUGUACCAAAGGGCUUUGGAUCAAAGUAAGAACCAGUUAAAAAGUAAAAGUCUAUAUAGGUAAUGUAAAUACCUGUAUGUAGACUGUAUAUGCAUAAAAUGCUAGCAGCAUAUACUGACAUUUUUAUAUACACACAGUAAUAUAUAAAGCAACAAUGUUAUACAAAAACAUAUGUUAAUGUAUCUCAGAGGGUUCUCACUUAAUUUGAAUUUAAUUGUCCAGUUUUAUUUCAAAGAGAUAGUAGAGAUCCUUUAACUAUUCGAUAUUCGCAAAAUGACCAUGACCGUAUUUAAGGUCUGACAGGAGCUCUAACAAUGCUGUCAUGUUAUGUAGAUACCAUCAUAGUAACAUGAUGUCUGUAAUGUACGUCAUUACCACCGUUUUUUAUUUUACAACUGACAGUUUAAAAGAGAUGAUAGUAUAGUUUGGUUGGCAUAAUCUCUUUUUUAACAUAAAAGUUUGGAGAGUUUGCAAUACAAAUGUUUUGGUUUGAGAUAAGGGGUCUUGAUAUGUGAAUACCUCUGAAACCAACUGGAUAACUAUGCAUAAUCCAAAUGUGUACAUAUAUAUAUACACACCAACAUGUUUGUACAUGUGAAUUCCAAAAAAGGAGACGUUUUACUAGUCCUAAAAGGAAACAGUCUGUGUAUUCACACGAACACGUUUUGCUCAGAGUGACAUCUUUAUCAUGCCAUCCUGGGGUCUCUUCUUCUCAGGGUGCCCUGUCAGUGCUCACUUCUUAGUGACCUCAACAACUGAUUUUGGGCCUGAUUUCUUUUUAUUCCGUUAUGUGGUUUUUUGCUUGUUCUCGUUUAAAAGACUAAAACAAUGAUGGUUUGACAGUUAUAUGUCUGUAAGGGCAAAGGUCACGAUGGCAAAUCAGUCAUCAGGCAUUUGGACCAUGCAUCCCAUUUGAUGCACAUUGCCUUUGUUGGGCCUUGAAUGUGUCCUUAAAUGCUGAUCAAGAAUGUGUUUCUUUUCGUAGUUGUUUAGUGAAGAACUGUGAGAAUGUGCAGUGCAUGUUAUACUUGAGAGGAAAUGGAUUGCAUCACAAACCGUGUUUUAGAUGAGGAACAAGGAUGUAACUUCUCAUGGAUGAUGUUCUCCUGUCUGUAUAUUCUAAUGUCCUGUGGUAAACAAAAUAAUGACAUGAUGUAAGAAACUAUAAUAACAUUUUUUCUUAGUAUGCAGGUGCUGGAUAGCCUGUUCAUGAUCAUUUAAAACGACUCAUUGUUAGUUACAUUUGGCAUUAUUAUUAUUAUAAUGAUGGAUAUAUUGUUAUUAUUACUAUUAUUAUGAAAUGGGGACGCUAUUAAUGAUAAUCUUAAUUUACGUACAAAGGCUGAGAAUACUAAUGCACAUAGGAUGACAGAAGGUAUCUGAAAGAUCUGUCCACUUUCUUUUGUUUUACACUGCUUUCCGUUAAAUUUAAUUGCUUAGCGCCAUCUAGUGGCCACAGUGCUGUAAUGGCAAAAUUGUAUGUUCAGUUUCUACAGUGUUGACCUACACAGAAUAAAUUCAGUCACUUAGGUCACUUUCAAAACUCCACUAGCCAUUAUUCUUUAUUUUAGUUUGUUUUAUCACUCCUUAUUUACUACAAAAAUGUCUUUUAAUGGUUUUAUCUACAAGCUUUGUAUGUCUGAUAUGGUUUAUUUUAUAGGCCUUAGAAUCUCUGUCUAUAUGUUUGUUCACAGUUACAUUUGUUCACACAGACAGAUCUUCCAAACCCCACGGUCUCCUGCAGCUAAUGUGCAAUAAAUUGAGGUUUAUAUUUUUAAA